AUGGUUUCAGAUGAGAUAUUGCUCACCUUUUUUAGGCAAUGCAGAAAGGCGCUAGUAGAGGUGGACUGCAAAGAAGCUCUUCGCAAUGAGACCUGGACAACUGCUGAAUGUAGACGGUUUAUCUUGGACAAACAACGCCAUGUCUUGAGUUCAACGCUGAGCACCUACAACCAAAAAUCUACUGACAACUCGAGAGUGUCCACAGAAGAAGUUCAAGAACGAUUAACCAACAUUAAGAAAGAAGCUCUCUCUCGACAAUUGGAAGCUGCAAUGACUGAGAAUGAUGCAUCAGCGCGACAGGCCCUUUGCAAGCUCAUCUUGUACUCGGAGACCCAUCGAGAAACGCCUAACCAAGACCUUCAGAAUGAUGGAAGACUCAAUCGUUCCAAGCUUUUGGAAUACCUGGGACUAUGUCAAUCUGCAAUUACUCUGGAAUGUGUCGAACAAAACCUAAGAGAUAAUACCCCACUGUUCGAUGACUUGCAGGCACCAAAAGAUGAGCCUACCGCCAUGGCAUACCCACAAAAGCGAUUGGAAAAGGUGCAACAAAUCUUGGCAAAAGCGGUCGGCCUGGAGCCGCGUUUUGUUACGAGCGAGUUGACUCGAAUCUUUGUGGAUCCGGCAACGGCUGCCACUUGUGAAUAUUCGGACGACCAGGAAUGUCGCGACGUCUUUCGACGACUCAUUGUGCAAAUGCAAACAACAGUGGCCAAUGCAUCCUUGCACAGUGACCCCACCACUCUGUCCGAUCGAGAUAAAGGAGGUGUGACCCGAGUAGUGGCGGUCCAAUAUUCUGAAGUUGGGGAUGGUUCCAGUUCGGAUGCGCCGAAGAAGAAUACCAUGGAACUGCCGCAAGAAGAACAAAUACGACAGAUUCGAGUUGUGAGUGAAGCCAAAAAGUUGCAAGAAGAGCUACUGAAAGAACUAGAAGACCUGUCCCCAGAGGAUCGAAAACAAAAGCUAAAGUAUGCCAGGCAGGUCAGCGACGUCUUUUUGCAAAGCGUCAUAAAGCUGCCUCCUGGCCCAGAGAGAAUUCGGUUCCUGCAAACAGUAGAUCCAGAGAAGUCAAAGUUGUUGACCAUGUACAAACUAUGGGUAUCUAUGCACGGGGAAGACGAUCUGUAG